AUCCGAACAACCGGGCAGACCGACCAUCUCCAAGACGCCGUCUCCCAGGGGCAGAGGCUCAUCCGUCUACUCUUUCCGCCGGAGCGUAGAGACCGAAAUUAACCGUUUCGCGUAUAAAAACGUACCGGACCGAAAGCGAGCGAGAAAGUUAAGGAACGGACACACACGCACACAGCAAAAAAAAAGCGAAGCGUGAGCGACCAGCCCGUAGCCGACGCCAGCGCGAGGUUGUCCGUGAAGUGCGGCCGUAUCGCCUCCCUCUCCCCACUCCCCCUCGCCCGGCCCCGUCACUGGUGCGGUGUGUUCCCUUGCGUUGUGCUUUCACCGCGAGUGCUGUGCCCCACUGUGGCCAUUCGUUGCCAUUUUGCUGCCGUUAGGCGUGCGAGAAUAGCCUUGCGCCUUUCUUCGCUCGAGCCCUAGAACACACAUACUUGCACACAAACACACCAAUAAAAAAAGGGAUUGCCACCGCCGUCGUCGCCCUCAACCCUCUGAUCAGCAGCAGCGGUUGUGUGUGUGUGUUUGUGUGGGGCGGGAAGAAGUAAAGCCUAUUCGAAGGAGCAGCGCGGUCUGUGACACUACACGCACGCCGGCGGCUCGGUCGGAGAGACAAAAAUCGUCGCUCGCCAUCACUCGGUGCCGAAGGGCGCACACACACGCGCUCGGCGACUUCCGGCUUCAGGUGCCAGUCCCCCCCCCUCACCACCUCGCACGCACACAGACGCACCGCCGACCGACACAGGAGAGCGGAAGCAGUCGGACACGGACGACUCUAGCAGCAGCAGCAGCAGCAGCAGCAGUGGACGAGACGUAACGCUCGCGCACCGGAAAAGCAACGCCACAGCAGCCGCGCGGGUACUUCUUUUGUGUUUUCCGUUUCUUUGCCCGUUUCUCCCGACAGUCCCGGAGCAGCAGCAGCAGCAGCAGCAGCAGCUUCCUUUAAGGCAAACGUUCGUUCGUUCAUUCACGCAUCUCUCGCAACGCGCGCGUGUUGGUGUGUGUGCGUGUGUGUGUGUGUGUGUACGCGCUGCGCGGUACAAGGUGCCGUGGUGUGCAGUGGUGAGCGCUCCGUCGAAGGGUUUUUCAGUAGUGCCCCGGCCAUCAUCCUCAUCAUCUUCAUCAUCCACCAUCAGCGGCAGGCAACAAGGCAUCAGCAGGACUCCCCCUGUAAUCCUUCCCGUGCCCGUCAAACACAACAACCAUCCGUAAAGCGCUCUCCCCCGAAGCUCUCUCUCUCUCUUGCUCACACGCAACAACCGGGCGCAACAACCAUGGUGAUGGAUGCGCAGCCCUCGCCGCAAAAUGUCGGCCGCGAGUUCGUCCGCCAGUACUACACGCUGCUGAACAAAGCGCCCGACUUUCUGCACCGGUUCUACAACAACUCGUCGAGCUUCGUGCACGGCGGGCUGGACGCGAAGAGCCAGGAGGCGACGCUCGUGAUCGGCCAGAAGCAGAUACAGAGCAAGAUCCAGCAGCUGAACUUCCGCGACUGCCACGCCAAGAUUAGCCAGGUCGACUCGCAGGCCACGCUCGGCAACGGGGUGGUGGUGCAGGUGACCGGCGAGCUGUCGAACGACGGGCAGCCGAUGCGCCGCUUCACGCAAACGUUCGUGCUGGCGGCCCAGUCGCCGAAGAAGUACUACGUGCACAAUGACAUCUUCCGCUACCAGGACGUGUACACGGACGACGAGCUGGACGAAGCGGGCGACCGGGCGAACGGCACGGACGAGGACGGUCUGCACGGGGCGGAUGGGGUUGGUGGGGUCGAUGCGGGAGCGCUGGGAGCGGACGGGCAGCCGCUCGGGGUCGGCGCGGGCCCACCAGGUGCCCUCGCGACGCCCGCCGGUCUCGUCGGGGUGGGUGGUGGUGUGCACGGUCAUCCGGCGGGCCAGCCGGGCCAGCCAGGCCAGGUGCUCGGGGCGCAGACGGCCCCGCAGGCCGCCCUGUACUACCCGUCGACCGUGAUCGGGUCGGCCGGUACCGGGCUGCUGCCGGGCGUGACGCCGGGCUAUGGUGCACCGCCGUCCGCUGCAGCCGCCGUCGCCGCCGCCCAAAACCAACCCGCUUCCCAGCAGCAGCAGCAGCAAUCGACGCAGCAGGUGCCGCCGCAGCAGCAGCCGGCCCAGCAGCAGCAGCUGAACGGGCUGCACGAGAGCCUGCUGAAGAGUGUGGGCGGUGGGGCGACCGAUGCGGGCGGCUCGGCCGCGGCCGCCGUCGCCGCCGUCCUGCUCUCGUCGUCCACCGUCGACCCGCAGGGGCUCAAGUCGAAGCUCGAUCAAACGCCGAUGGGAGUGCCUUCCCAUCUGCUGCCCGGUCAGCAGCAGCAGCAGCAGCCACAUCAAUCCCAGCUAAAUCAAACUCAACCACCAGCAACCAAUCAACUCGGACUGGGCCAGUCGCAACAGCCGCUGCCAGUCCAGUCGCAAGCAACCCAGCAGCAGCAGCAGCAGAACCGCCACCAGCCGUCCGAGGGCGAUGCGCUGAGCAUGGGCGAUGCGAGCGCGACCCCGGCUGGCGGCGACGAGCUUGGCCACGAUCUGGACAAGAAGCAGCAGUCGCAUAAAUCCCAUCAGCAGCAUUCGCACUCAAAGCAGCAGCAGGGAGGAGUGGCCGGCUUCGGCAAGCAACAGCAGCAGCCACAGCAGCAGCCGCCAGUCUCGCUCGAACCGAAGACGUACGCCAACCUGGUCAAGUCGGGCGUUAGCGCUGGCGCACCGUUGAGCUUCGCCUCGGCGAUGCAGUCGUCGCUAAGCUCGCACACCACCUCGGCGCAGUCGGGCGGUCACUCGCAGCAACAACAGCAACAGCAACAGCAACAGCAGCAGCAGCAAACGCAACAGUCGUCGCACCAGCACUCGAGCUACAGCACGGGAGGCAACCGACAGCAGCAGCAGCAGCAGCGUGACAUUCUCUCGCCAGCGCCGGCCGGCGGUGCGUCCACCAACGGCAGCGUGCUCGGCGGCGGCGUCGGCAACAAGUACGGCUCCGACCGGCAGGACGAUCGGGGCACGCUCGGCAACGGCGGCAUGUCUCAGCAGCGAUCUCAGCAGCAGCGGUCCAUCCGCAGCAACGGCACGAGCAGUAACUCGAUGGGCGGCGGCGGCCUGCGACAGCAGGACAACCGACAGUCCUCCUACUCGCGGCAAAACUACAACGAUAACGAAGAUCGUCGUCAAGGAUCGUCCGCACAGUUCGGUGACAACCACCAGCUGUUCUUGGGCAAUAUCCCACACCACGCCACGGAGGAGGAGCUGAAGACGCUGUUCAGCAAGUUCGGCACCGUCGUCGAUCUGCGCAUUAUGUCGAAAUCGGUCCAAAAAAUGCCGGGCGUCCGCACGCCGCCCCACUACGGCUUCAUCACGUACGAGGAUCCCGCCUCGGUGCAGAACUGUCUCGCCAACAUGCCACUCUACUUCCCGGAAAAUUCGCCCGACGGCCACAAGCUGAACGUGGAGGAGAAGAAAACGCGCGUCCGCGGCCCGGGCGAGGGCGGCAGUGGCCGCAUGGGCAGCGGCGGCGGUGGAAUGGGCAACGCCAACUCGAACGGUCCACGGUCGGGCGGCGGUGCCGGCUCGGGCCAAUCGCGGCCACCCGGCGGCCAGGGCGUUGGCGCCUCUAACCGAGGCGGCCAGGGCGGCGGCGGCGGUAGUGGUGCCGGCGGUCAGCGCAGCAUGGGCGGUGGCAAUGUCGGCGGCGGCAGCGGCGGUGGUAACCGGGGCAGCGGCGGUGGCAGCUACGGCCAGCGCUCCGACCGGGGCAACAACGUCGGCAACGGGCAGCGAUCGGUUGGCAACGGCAAUGCCAUCAGCAACCGGGGCUUCGGCUCGGGCUACUAAAACCGGACCACCGGUCUGACCAGAGGGUGGGGGUGGGUGUUUGGUGGCAGCCGGCUCGUAGAUCUCUCGCUCUUUCCCCCCCUCUCUCUCUUAUAGGGGUGUGUUUCCAAGGGCUUGUAGAACAGGGAGUUGGAUCACCGAGCGCCACCCUUUCCCGCGUGCUGGCUGGGAGGGUGGGAGAGAAUUUGAUGCUGUGACGUGAACAGGCGGAGAGACAUUUUGGUUUAUUGUGCGCUCACACUCCUCCCCUUCUCCUCCCUUUCUAACCGCCGUUUAUCGAGCACACACUGUUUAUCAAACUUCAGCAGCGAACACGCCGAACUGCUUCCGGGCACAACACAUUUCGAGUUUCGGUGGUGGCGUGACUGUGGUGACAUCUUUCUUUAGAGUUGUUACUCUGCCAACACCAUCCAACACCCCACGAUGGCAUCAACACCCACACAGCAACACUGGAAAAGAGCUUUCGGUCGGAUGAUUCUUUCUAUAAGCAAUCGUGUUUUGUAUAGAAGAAAAGGGCUAAGAUUUCCUUUUUAAAAGACUAUUCGUAUCCCCCCCCCCUCUCCUUCUCUCGCUCAUUCUUUCUGUAACACAAUCACCCCAUGUUUUUCAGCACCACGUGCGUGGCUUGUCUGUGACUAGGACCAAGUCGAGUGUGUGGAACUGAACUGAAACUAGUAAGCGAACGGGCUCAAAAACCGUAGUGCUAAACCAUUGUGCGAACAAAUUCAAAAGCUACCAAAAAACACACACACACACACAAAACAAACACAAAGCCAGCAAAUUACGCAGGCAGAAAAUCAUCUCUCUUCCCCAUCAUUUUGCCCCCCCCCCCCCCCCCUUUGUUUUGUUCUCGAUAGCUACUUUGAGUCCAAAUUGUGACACUGAAACCAACCUAAAACGCUGCUUCCUUCCCGGGGUCGGUGCGAUUGUGCGGAACACAGUAUAGGAGAAGAAAACAGACACACCGAAACGCAAAACAGAGAAAAAGCAAAUAAGAGCUAUAGAAACUAUAA